UUUCCCUUUCUCCGAGUGUACAGUUUCAAAAUCAUCCGUGGCCUGUGUGAAGGAUCUACGCUACGUCACACAAUAUACUCGACAGGUGUUUUGAGGGGCGUGGCCUAUGCCCAGCUAAAACAUCUUUCAGUGGGACGCACCCAAGUAGUUCUCCACGCGCCAGAAGCGGCUGACCUACAAGUGACAGGACUUUCCAAGAACUCCAGAGCUGUCUGUACCCGAACACACACAUGGCAACCAGAGGCAGUGUGAAACCCUUUGUGCAUUUCAAUGCAAAGCAAGAUGCAGAACUUUUGCGCAAGGCCAUGAAAGGGAUUGGCACCGAUGAAGAUACCAUCCUCAUGUUACUGACGUCUCGAUCUAAUGACCAGAGACAGGAAAUAAAAGCAGCCUAUAAAAAAGCUUUUGGCAAGGAUUUAGUGAAAGACUUGCGUUCGGAGCUAGGAGGGAAGUUAGAGGAUCUCCUUGUGGCCCUCAUGUCUCCACCUGCAGUAUAUGAUGUGAACGAACUCCAUAAGGCCAUCAAGGGAGCAGGUACUGAGGACCAGGUUUUAAUUGAGAUCCUGGCCUCCAGGACAUGUGAUGAGAUUAAAGAUAUCAACAAGACUUACAAGAAAGAACAUGGAGCCAAGCUGGAAAAAGACAUUAUGGGUGAUACGUCAGGACAUUACCAGAGAAUGCUGGUUAUCCUUCUACAGGCAAACAGAGAGGAAGGAGUAGAUGAAAGCAAAGUGGAGAAAGAUGCAAAGGAGCUGUUCGCUGCCGGAGAACAGAAAUUGGGCACGGACGAGGAGAAGUUAAUCAACAUCCUUGGGAAUAGGAGCGCAGAACACCUGAGAAAAGUGUUCGAUGCCUACAAAAAGAUUGCCGGCUGUGACAUUGAAGAGAGUUUGAAGGAUGAGUGCACUGGGAACCUCGAAGCACUGCUGGUGGCCGUGGUGAAGUGUGCUAAAAGUGUGCCUGCAUAUUUUGCUGAAUCCCUUCGAGAGUCCAUGAGGCGUGCUGGCACGGACGACGAGACACUCAUAAGAAUUAUGGUGUCUAGAAGUGAAAGGGACAUGCUGGACAUCAAAGCAAUAUACAAGAAGAUGUACGGAGAAUCACUUUACUGCACCAUACAGGCAAACACUGAUGGAGAUUACCAGAAAGCUCUGCUUUACCUUUGUGGUGGUAAUGAUUAGAUAUUGUUACUUUUUUGGUAGAAGUUCAUUUGUCUUUGUGCUUAUUAUUGUGUCUAGUUUUCAAAAUAUACACAUACAAUUUUUUGGGUUUAGUAUUUAGUUUUAAAAUAUUUAUUUAUUUUUUAACACUUUACAAUAAGGUUGUAUUUGUUAACAUUAGGUAAUGCAUUAGCUAACAUAAACUGACAAUAUACAGCAUUUAUAAAUCUUUUUUUGUGGUUUUGAAUAGCUAGUUGCAGUGUUUUAGAUUGCUGGAGGAUAUUUAGGCAUGGUUUUGAUGGUCUAAUAGACAGAAUAAUGAAUUUUCUUUUAAAUACUAUGUGAAGAUUUUAAAAUUAAAUUCUUUGGCCCAUAUAAGAUUUUCUUGGGAAGUGCUAUUCAGUUUAUGUUGUACUUAUGCCAGUAGAUGGCAGUAUUGUUUUUAAGUAUGGUAAAGUUUUUAACCAUACUGAUAUCUCAGAUGUCAACAUUUCAAAGUCUCUGUUAAAGUUUUUAAUGCAUUUUUCAUAAUUACGUAAGUGCAAAUUUUCCGAAUAAUUUAAAAUAAAAUAAAUAUUAUUUGUUCUGUGAA